UAAAGCGCGGUCUGAAGGCAAAGAAGAAGCCGCGCUCGGAGUGAAGUGCGCUGGUUCAGUUUAUUGUUCCUUUAGGGCAUUUAACCGGGCAGGGCUGAUGGGCUCAUUGUGGUCUCAACACUGUGGUUUGGUGGGUAGAGUCAAGGGGAUGGGUGGUACAGAGGGCCUGAUGGAGCGAGUGGAUGAUGAUGAUGACUCUCUGGAUGGGCGGGACAGACAGGAGGACAUCGCCAGGUUCCCAUAUGUGGAGUUCACAGGCAGAGACAGCAUCACCUGUCCCACCUGCCAGGGCUCUGGACGCAUUCCUUCAGAUCAGGUGAAUGAGCUGGUGGCAUUGAUUCCCUACAGUGACCAGAGACUGCAGCCUCAAAGGACGAAGCAGUAUGUGGGUCUGUCUGUGAUUGUGUGUUUGCUCAUCUGCUCCCUCGUCACCUUCUUCAUGUUUCCUCGGCCCGUGUUGGUGGAAGACGGAGGGAUUCGGUCCGUCAUCGUCCAUUUUGACCGUGACACCAGCCGAGUGCUCAUUAACAUGACUAGUGCCUUGAACUUUAACAAUGGGAACUUCUUCACUGUGUUGGUGGACAGUGUGAGCAGUCAGGUUCUCUACAUGAAGACUGUCAUCGGCACCCAGCAGCUGGACAACAUCCUCAGCAUCCAACCACUGAGCCAGAGACAGAUGAACUUCACUGUGAGUGUGGAGAUCAGCGGUUCGCUGUCUUACGUGUAUGCUUUCUGCACCAUGGCGAGUAUUAAGGUUCACAACAUCGUGGUGUUCACACAGACAUCUGUAAAAACGUCCUACAUGGUUCGCAGUGCACAGAACACACUGGAGGCUUAUCGCUACAUUGACUGUGGUGCUAACUCCACCCUGCACCACCCACUUGACCUUCACGGCUCUGUGCUGCCCCACUUAGGCCGGAGGACUCUGUACACACACACAGCCUCCUUCUAUUAAACACAGAAUAGCAUCAUGCUAUCUUUAAGCCGGCGCUAUUGAGCGUUCCUCACAGUACCUCGUCCCAUUAACUGAGUGUGGCUGAGAUGCUGAAAGCUAAUGUUGAAUUCCUUUUGGAUUUAAAAAAAAAAACAAAACUGCUUCCUGUUUACAUUCUUGUCUCAGGUCACUCCUGGUGCAUAAAGGGUUAGUGCUUAGCUUUAGCAAUUUGUAUUUUUGUAUUUAAACUAAAUUUUUGAUUUUCAGAAUAAAUGAGGUGGACUGAAGGUGCGAAAUGUUUGCAUGUGGUGUUACUGCUGAACAGAUGCUAAUAUCUCAGGUCACUUUUUUUACUUUAGGAUCAUUGUAGCCUUGUAGAAUAAAGCAGAAAGACUUUUAUGUAAAUGUCCGUGUCACUGAGAUGCUAAAUUCCACAUGGACAGUAAACUGGAUGAAAAUACGGGUGUUUAAAGUUAGCAUUAGCAUGUGUUUCUGUACUUGAAGCAGAAGAAACUUUGUACUUUUUAUUAGCUGUAGCAUUUCUCAUGUGUUCAGAGUAUUGAAGAUUAAAUUUUGUAAUUUAAUUUAUAGUUAUUUUAAUCAUAAUGAAGUGUAUAAUCACAUUUAAUAACUCUGCUGUUUGUUUUUCUCAGUCACAGAGGUGUGAGAUGCUCAGAUGAGACGUGCUUACUGUUUACACACAUUUUGCCCAGGAUAAAGUUGUACUCUCGAUAGUAAAUUAUCCUUCAACAUCACUUCUUGAAUUUAAUUAACAUCAUUAAAGUUAUCAAGUAUGAUGAUAACCUUCUGAAUUUAAAUGUUUUAUUUUGUGAGCUGUUGAUAGCUAUGACUUUGCCUCCUCAUGUCCAUGAUGUUUACCUGAAAAUAAUAGUUUAUUUUAUUCAUUUUGUGUUUAUUAUUAUUAUUAUUAUUAUUAUUAUCUUUAAUGGUAAAAUUGAGAAUUGCUGCUGUUUGCUAUCUGACUCAGGCAUAAAACCCAAAAUCCAGCCCAAAUAAAGGGGGAAAACAUUCCUUAAG